UCAGCUAGUAUUAGUCCCACGACACUUAAGUUGUGGUUACCAGUUGAGCUGAUCAGCACGCGUUGUCUUUCUUCCCCUCAUCUCUUGUCUCUCCUCCCUGUUUUAUUUUUUCAGAGCUCGCGCGCUGCCAGCUCAGCCAGUCUCCAUCAAGAGAGGCGUCCACUCGCUUUUUCGUAUUUAUUUUUCUAGCCAGCCGCUUCACAUCGCGUAUUUGAAUCCAGUAAUCACCGAAUGUCCAGUAUAGAGCCAUCCAGAAGACCCCCUCUUGCCGGUAAACCGCCAUUUGCAACAGACGAUCCAGACGAACUUUUCGACCAACCACCGCCUUCUAAACGCCGUGUUCGUAAACCAGCUGAUCCUAAUCCCAACGACCGCACUUCUGCCUAUAACAUGUACGAUCAAUAUCUUGACCAUGAAGAUACCUCCAAUCGUCAGUCUGGUUUUGGUGCAGUUGGCCUUGGUUUCUUGAAUGGGGACUUGAGUGACGACGAGGACGAGGAUGUCCCUAUGCAUAAGCCUCCUAUGGCAACCGAGUCUAAGCACGAUGUUACUAUGAAUGCGUCUCCGAUACCCCUCGCUGCUCCUCGUCCUGGUUAUCCAACACCCAUCUCAGCACUCAAUGUACCGUCUCCCGCUGCAACACCCGAAAUGAGACAGAUUGUCCAACCCCCUCCUGUGCACCAGCCUCCACAACCUAUGCCAAAUGCACUGAAAGUCAACCGGCCCCCAGCUGACAUAAAUACUCAUCAACUACGUAUGCCUGUCCCAAUUUAUGAGACUCCUUCCCCUCGCCCAUCAGUCCCAAGCACUCCGCAUCCUCUCCAGCCUCCAAUGACCCCAAUCACUCCUGUCUUUGCUCGUCCCGCCAAGUCACCCGCCCCAAGAGAUAUACAGUACACAGGCGACGCAAUCAUUCGUGGAGGCUCGGAGGACAACUUGGUGCCGAGACGUGGCCAGAAUCGAGAAGACUUCUGGAGGAGGUUCAGCAUGGUUGCGAAGGACGAGAAGAAGACGAGCUCUUGGCUGAUAAAGACACAGAAUGGGUCUUCAAAAUUGUCACGCUGGGUUUGGUUCAUUGGGAUGGUGCUUUUAGUCCUCAUUGCUGCUGGUAUCGGAAUUGGCUGGUACAUCUCUCAUAAGUCAUCAUCGAAUACGACCCCAAAGGCGAUCGGUGGUAGCGCCAACGAAACCAUGAACCCCACCAGCACUCAUGCAUCGGUGGCGGUUUCUUCAUCGUUGCACGUUUCGCCUACAAACACAGUUGCACGCCGUAACGAAGCCGAACCCACACCUGUUAUUCGCAAGGUAGUCGGGGAAUUCUUGGAUGAGAUUGGCCAAGCUCCAGCGGCAAAACUAAACAUGCCUGCGGGACGGAGCUGGAAACAUCGUCGCCACGUCGAGAUCCAGCUCUAAGCCGCGCCUCUCGCACUCCAUCACAUUUCAGGAAUUCUCUUCCAUGAUUUAGGCUUCACGUUUAGAUCUUCAUCUAGGUGGUCUCUACUUCUGGUUACUUACAAGCCUCAACCCAUGCUCCAUUGUGGGGGUAUGCAUCCAUAAGGAUGAACCCCUGUCCGUUCGUUUAAUCAAUUUCAUCACGGUACCAGCGUGAUGGAUCUGUACUUAUCAGGAAUCGCAGCUCGGGUUCUAUCGCAUUUUUUGGGAAAAUAAAUAAAUUCAAAUAUACAUUCUUCACGUUCGUCCAACGACCUUUUUUUUUUCUUUCACUGGAGACAAUCUGUUCACCUUUCAUAACCUUCGAUACCAGAUAGAUACAUUGGCACACGACGAUUGCUUGAGCACGGGAAUCGAGGCAGCCACCAACUUGUAUCAUUCAGCGCUCAGCAAGUACUGAUUGCUUGGGACUUUUGGAAAUUUAUUUAUUUAUU